CGCCGCCCUGCGCCGCCCCUCAUGACUCCCCUUCUCUCCGCAGCCCGGCCCCAGCGGCCCCGAUGCCCGCGGCGCAGCCGGCGCAGCCCGGGCUGAUGGCGCAGAUGGCGAGCACGGCGGCCGGCGUGGCCGUGGGUUCCGCCGUGGGACACGUCGUGGGCAGCGCCAUCACCGGCGUCUUCAGCGGCGGCUCCUCCGAGCCCGCCAAGGCGGCGGCGCCCGCCCAGGAGCCCCCGGCCGUGCUGCAGCAGUCGCCGUACGGACCGUGCCACUAUGAGAUGAAGCAGUUCCUGGAGUGCGCCACCAACCAGCGAGACCUGACCCUGUGCGAGGGCUUCAACGAGGCUCUGAAGCAGUGCAAGUACAGCAACGGUGUUUCUUCUCUCCUGUGAAGAAUUCGCCCCCUCGUAGGGAAGAGGAUCGUGGUGUAGAGAGCCCUGCUCUCCCCAGGGAGUGGCAGGACAGACAGGGAGUGAGCUGGAGGGAGCAGACUGACCAGCCAGGAGUAUUCUAGUGGUAAUUCACUUCUGAACUAGUAGGGAAGGAAGGGAAUGAUUGGACCCAAGGGUCUUCAGUGUUCAGAUAGCACUGUAUUUAUUACAGAGAAAUAAAAGAAUUUAUUUGGACCUAU